GUUUUAUUUAUCUUAUCUCCAUGACACUUAUUCGGCGGAACUGGGGCCUCUACCCAUAUAUGGAAAUCGCAUAAAUAUUGCAGCUGGUAUUUAUCGAAAGUGUAGUCGAGUAUUGUGUGCAGUCAGAUAAACUCAAAUUUAACUAGAUAAAAUGAAAUUUGUUAUUGUUCUCGCUUGCCUGUUCGCCAUCGUGUUGGCCAACGAAGAAGCUAAUGUUUUGAAAAACGAACAGGAAGUCAAUCCAGAGAGCUUCUACUAUACGCUUGAGCUCGACAACCAUAUUAGAGCCGAGCAAAAGGGUUCGCUGGAGGGCAAGGAAGCAUGGAUUGUCACUGGUGAAUAUGAGCAUCUGACACCUGAAGGCAAAACUGUCAAAGUAACUUACAAGGCCGACGAGACCGGCUACCAUCCACAUGUUGCCACCGUGCAGUAAGGAAUACUGAAAACUGUGAACAUGAGUUUUAAUUAACAAAAGAAGAAAUAAAUAACGCAUUUUGAAAAAAAAAUAUAAUUGUUACUAAACUCCGGUAUUCCAUCCGCUUAAUGAGAUGGUUUCACCUUCUUCAUAAACAUAUAAACACAUUUUAAUACAGACAUAUA